AUGUCCAUUCCCCUUCCCCCCCAGCCCGCUGCCUCCAGUGGCAGCCCCGUCAACCGUCUCCUGAUCGGCGUGCUGGCCGUGUUGGUAGCAGCACCGUCGGUCAGCGCCAACACCAGCCGCUUCCGAGGCGUCAACUGGGCUGUCCUAGGAGACAAUUUUGUGGACGGUCCCCUCAUCCUCAACGGGCUGGACGAGUCUGACGACUAUGACACUGUCCGAGCCAAGGCCGAUGCCGUCUACGCCGGCUUUGAGGACAACCUCGCUAUCAACACCAUCCGGCUACCAGUCAACACACACACCGUCAGCUCGACCUGGUGGGAUGCCUAUGCAGGCGUGAUCGACUCCGCCACGGACCGCGGUCUCAAUGCAAUCCUGGGCUACUGGGAAGACGGGGCGGCAUCGGGAGGUCGCGUCAACAAUGUGGCCGCCUGGGACGCCAUGUGGGACACCGUGACUGAUCAGUACGGCAACAAUAGCCUGGUCCACUUUGAGCCCAUGAACGAACCACACGGCUACAGUGCCGCCGAGUGGACGGACAUGGCGGCCACUUGGAUUGCUGGGCACCCGUCGGUUCCGAGAGAACGCAUCCUGGUGGGCGGCACCGGCUACUCCCAGGAUGCCAAGCCCGUGUGCGCCGACCGCCGUCUCGACGGGACCUUGAUAUCCUACCACAUCUACACCUUCUUUUACGGUCAGGAAAACUACGACGGCUGGGUUCAGACCUUCCGAGACGGGCUGGGCGAUUGUGCGUCCCGCGCAGUCACGACCGAGUUCGGCGCCCCGAUGGACAGCGGCCUCGACUACAGCAACGCCGACAGCGCGGACAACUUUGUCCAGUAUUUGCGCGCUGUCACUGACGUCAUGCGCCAACUCAACAUGGGCUCGACCUACUGGCCAGGCACCGGCGGCAAGAUCACCCAGGGCCAGAGCGACGAUUGGUACUCGAUCCAGAAGCUCCACGGCAGCGGUACCAACCUGAUCCUGACCACCCCCAACCCGUCCGGCGUCAAUCGGCUCUGGCACGGCUGGGGCCCGGAAAGGGUUCAGUAG